GAAUUAACUAGAGACGAAGGAGAAGGAGAGUGUCUGGUGUUUCGAGCUUUGGAAAAAUGGCUACUGUUGUUCGUUUAGCUAAAGAAAUAAUCGGUAGAAGACGAGCAAUGGUGAAAUCUAGUCGUCGAAACACUGAGCCAACAACACGCCGAGGAAGCUGGUACGACACUCAUAUGGCUGCCGCCUCUCGCGCCAUAGCUCAACGAAUCCCAUUGGUCGAUCUGGUUCUCGAAAUCAGAGACGCAAGGAUUCCAUUGUCUUCCGAGUAUGAGCUGUUGAGGAAAUUCAACUCUUCUUCAAGACGAAUUGUAGUGUUGAACAAGAUAGAUCUUGCUAACCGGUCACAAACCAAAGAAUGGUUGAGCUAUUUUGAGCAAAACAACUGUAUUUGUUAUGGAGUUAAUGCUCAUAAUAAGGACAGCAUCAGACAGUUUUUGAACUUCUUACAAUCUCGAGUUAGAGAAUUGAGGAAGAAAGAUAAUUCUUUUACGACAACAUUGUUGUUGGUUGGGAUUCCUAAUGUUGGUAAAUCAGCUCUUGCCAACUCUCUGCAUCAAAUUGGGAGGACAAGUGCUGCAGAGAGGGGAAGAUUAAAACAUGCAACAGUGAGUCCACACCCUGGUGAGACAAAAGACAUAAGCAGCCUAAAGAUUGGAAGCCACCCGAAUAUUUAUGUAUUGGAUACUCCUGGAAUUUUGCCCCCUGAGAUUUCUGAUGAUGAGGUCUGCUUAAAGCUAGCUUUAACAGGAGCAAUUAGCAACUUUUUUGGUGGAGAAAAAGAACUUGCUCAAUAUUUUCUUACUAUUUUAAAUUUGAGUGAAGAAUACAAGAGAUGGUCAAAGUUUAUCCACAAUGAAAAUGAGAUAACAUUGACAAACCAUGAAUCAGAUUGCUCAAGUGGCUUUGAAAAAAACCUGAAACAAAGAAGGCAAUAUCCCACAGAUCAUACACAGGAUUUAAUGGUGAACGAUGUUCGUCAAACUCUCUUUGAGAUAAUUUCAUCUUUUGAUGGCAACAUGGAAGAUGAAAAGGACUUGAGGAGACUUAUUGAAGCAGAGACCAUAGCCUUACAGAAAGCUUUCAAAAUUCCUGAGGAGUUGUAUAAUGAGGAUGGUCACUGCAAAGUAGCUGGUAAGUUAUUGAAUCUUUACCGUACUGGGCGGCUUGGACACUACACUCUAGAUUCCAUCACUUGAAAACGAAAAUGGAGAUUAUACUUUGUGUAUAUAAAACAAUAUUUAUAUUAUCUUCAAACCUUUUGAUUUGGGUGGAGAAGAUGUUUAGUUUGAAACUUGAAAUCAUGAUGUUCCUACAAAAUGUUAUGGUAGGAAUGUAGAGUUUUUCAUGGUUUUAAGUAGUAGUUAUGGAAAAUGAAAAA